UGCGCGCUGCCUCGGAUAAUCCCUCGACUCGAACUAGACUUCCAGCAAUCACCCUCUCCGCUCCACGGUCACUUGCAGCCCUCACCGCAGGAAGCCUGCGAACAUUUUUCUGUGCGCGCAGAGAACAGACUGUGACCCUUACUCGAGUCUGGCCAUCAUUGCGCGCAAGUUCCUCAUCGUCCCCUCGCUCGAAACAUCACCGUCGACCAGUUUCAACCCGCAUGGCCCUCUCAGCCUGAGCUUCACGAAGCCUCGAGGAUUACGCUACGACGAGCCUCGACGCUUUAAUCCCCACUCUCGACACCGGGUCCGCACAACGCUGGGACGAUUGAAUAAUUGAAGAGACUAGGUCAACAUCUCAACGCCGAUAAAAAGCACUUUGGAGUCGAGGCUGCGCUUGCAGCCAUACGAGCAGGAAAAUGGGCGCCUGCAUGAGUUCGAACCAGGAGGAGUCGGAGCAGAAGAAGAGAAGUCAAGCGAUUGAUAAGAAAUUAGAGGAGGACUCGAGACGACUGCGAAGAGAAUGCAAGAUCCUCUUGCUGGGUUCCGGAGAGAGUGGUAAAUCGACAAUUGUCAAGCAGAUGAAGAUUAUUCACCAGAAUGGCUACACGGUAGAUGAGUUAGCGCUUUAUCGAUUGACGAUAUAUAAGAAUCUGGUCGAUUGCGCGAAGGCUUUGGUUGGGGCGAUGCGGCAGUUCAACAUCGAACCUAUCAAUCCGGUGAAUAACGAAUAUGGCGAUUAUUUAUUGGACUACAACGUCGAUCCAAACCCCCAUACCCCACUGAAUCCUAAGGUCGCUAUGGCGAUUACAUCCAUAUGGGCAGACGGAAGCAUAGAGACUCUGAUGGAGAGGCAGAGCGAAUUCUACUUGAUGGAUUCGGCACCAUAUUUCUUCGAGGAAGCCAAUCGAAUCUCGGCUCCCGAGUAUAUUCCAAUCGAGGCGGAUGUGUUGAGAGCCAGAACGAAGACGACUGGUAUAUAUGAGACCAGGUUCACUAUGGGUUCACUGAGCAUACAUAUGUUCGACGUGGGUGGACAACGAAGUGAGAGAAAGAAGUGGAUUCAUUGCUUCGAGAAUGUUACAUCGAUCAUUUUCUGUGUGGCCUUGUCAGAAUAUGACCAGGUCCUUUUGGAAGAGAGCAAUCAGAAUCGAAUGAUGGAGAGUCUGGUCCUGUUUGAUUCGGUCGUCAACUCGCGGUGGUUCAUGAGAACCAGUAUCAUCUUAUUCUUAAACAAAGUCGAUCUCUUCAGGUCAAAAUUGGGACGAUCGCCAUUGAGCAACUACUUCCCAGACUAUUCUGGAGGCAACGACAUCAAUAGAGCAUCAAAAUAUCUGCUCUGGAGAUUUAAUCAAGUCAACCGAGCACACCUUAACUUAUAUCCACAUCUUACGCAAGCUACCGAUACAUCAAAUAUUCGACUCGUUUUCGCGGCGGUAAAAGAGACCAUUCUUCAAAAUGCUCUCAAAGACUCGGGUAUCCUCUGAGCAUUAAUUCAUGAUCAAUGAACUUUCCUUUCGUCCUCGGGGGUUUUGGAAAUACUCCCAUUGUCACUGGUAUCGGCGUUUGGCUGGGUUUCACGGGAGUACUGGGAGUGGCUGUCUCACAAGACCUUUUUUGGUGGA